GAUAAUAUUUCCCUGCCCAUCAAUAAUAGAGAAUGAAAUAAGACUCAUGGUACAAAGUAAACAUAUCAAUUAGUGUCUUAAAUUUUGUUUACGUAUAUCCAAUCUUUCUUAGAGAUGGCAGCGCAAGUGUCGAAAAGAAAGGUCGACGCUUUCCGACGUGACGUUGAAAAUUUACGUCAAGAGCUUGAAGAAGCCGAAGAAGUGAACUUGAAACAAAAACGUGAGCUUAAUGAUCUUCGCAACAGUCAUGAUAGUCUUCAAAGCGAGGUUACAAAAUUGCAAAAAAGUAAAAGAAGACUUCAAAACGAGGUCGAUCAAAUAAACGCCAUAUUUGAUGCUGAGAAGAACGAAAUUGCCGAAGCAGAAGCAAAAAUUAAGAAAUUAAACAAAGUGAUCGCCGAAGAACGUCGUCUUCGAGCCGAUGUAGAAGAAGAUUUUCGUGAACUGCAGAAGAAAAAUAAAGCCAUUGAAAUAAAACUCGAAUCAGUACAAACCACAAAUAAAGAAAAUGACAGAAAAGUUGCUGAAUUAGAACUCGCCAAAAAGAGCUUGAAAAUUGCAUUAGAGUCUGCCACCGAGAGCAGAGACGGGUUGAAGAGAAUUAAUAGCCUCCUUGAUCAAGAAAAGAGACAAGCUGAAGUUAUGUGUCACGAAGCAAGACGAACGAUUGAUGAAUUAGAAUCGCAACUUAAUACAACUGAGCAAAAUUUGUUAAACGCCCAAGGAACUUUGCAGACAGCUAAAGAACAAUACACAAAAGAAAGCGCAAGAAAGGAAGAGAAAUUAGAAGAAGAGAAAAGAAAAACCGAAAAAUUGGAACGAGACAUCAAAAACAUAGUGGAGGAUGAGAAGAAAAAGCGUGACCAGAUAGCUUCAGCUAAAAGGACUUUAGAAAGUAACAUGGAAGGCUUAAUGAACGAAUUGGAUGAAGCAAACAGAACUAUUGAGGAUCAGCAGAAAAUGAUACGCAAACAACAGAAUCAACUGACACAGUUGAAAGAUGUUCAAUCUGAACUUGCUGAAGUAAACGAUAUAAAAACGUCUCUGCUGCGAGAAAUCAAAGACAUUGAAAAACGCGUUAAAAAUGCAGACAGUGAAAACGAUAUUUUACGUGAUCAAAUAUCGGCUGCUGAGCGUGGUCGCAGACAGGCUGAAGAGGAAGCACACGAGUUUAAAGAAGAAUGCGAUUCAGCAAAAAGCCUACUCAGAACGGCUGCAGUAGAAGAAAAGAGAGUGAUGGAGGCAAAGUUUGACGACUUGCUAGAGGAUUUGCAAGAAGAAAAAGCUAGAGGUGAUGAAUUAGAAGCUAAGUUGCGGAAGGCGUUGAAGGAAGUCGAAGCAGCAAACGGAAAAUAUACUUCAGAGAAAGAAAAUAGAAACAACAUGGAAAUUCAAAAAAACAGGCUAGAUAAACAAAACCGUGAUUUGGAAGAUCAAGUUUCUAAGUUAGAUACGACUUUGAAAACAAAGGUUAAAGAAACCAGUGAGAUACUUGAACGGCGCGUGCAGCAGAUGGAAAUCACCUUAGAAGGAGAGGUGAAGGAGAGAGAAAGCUUAGCAAAGCAAUUAAAGAGAGCUGAGAAAGCACUAAAUGAUGCAGCCGCGGAAUUGGCUGAUGCUCAGGAAAGCGAAGAUGCUUUAAAAACUCAGGUUGACAAGCUAACAAAGAAAUGUGAUACACUUAAACGUGAGUUAUCAAACUUAGAAGACGAUAAACGUCGACUAGCGUCAUCAAAGUCAGCAUUGGAAGGAGAUCUAGAGGACAAGACAGAACAAUGUGAGCAACUCAAGAAAGAAAUUAAUCGCAAUAGAACAAACGGCUUACCGUCAAGAGCAACGUCACGUUCAAGAAGUAGGAUGGAGCAAAUAUCAGACGACGAAUUGGAAGAUUAAAAAGAACGCAAAUGAAGAUAGACCCAAACUUGUUAUUAAUUUUUUUUAGCUGUCUGCUUUUUCUUUUUAAUUAAGAUAGGAAACAUUGAUAAACAAAUUAGUUAAAUAGGUAGAAAAGGUUGAUCGACACAUUGCGAUACAUUAUUGAUCGAUACAUUACGAUAUUUUAUUAAUCGAUACAUUGCGGUAUUUUAUUAAUCGAUACAUUGCGGUAUUUUAUUGAUCGAUACAUAGCCAUAUUUUAUUGAUCGAUACAUUGCGGUAUUUUAUUGAUCGAUACAUUGCGAUAUUUUAUUGAUCAAUGCGUUACGGUGCAUCGAGAAAUGUCAUAGAGGGAAGAAGGAAAAUCAGAUUUUAAGACGGAGUACUCAGGAAACAUGAAACUAUAAAUGUACAUUUUUUCUUAUACUUAUUCUGUAAUUUUGAGAUUAGCUGUAAAAAUAAUGAUAUAUUCAUUUUCAAACAUUUUUAUUUCACGAUAUAAAAUCA